AUGUUGGAUGAUCUAAUUGGUAGAAAAACAUGUAAUGGUUGUGGUGGUCAUACAGUUGCAAUACCUACAACAAGGCUUAUUGCCAACAAUUUCAAUGAAAUUUUCUAUAACAAAUAUGCUCAAACAACUGAUACUCUUCUUGGUAAAAAUCAAGCAUCAAGAACAUUAAAUGAUGAUUAUAUCGCAGAGUUUAGAUUGUUAGAAUAUACUCUUAUUACUGAAGAAAAAAAGAAUGAUGCUACUGUAGUUGAGAAAAGUGACGGUGUUAUUACUGAUAAAAAUGUAGAAGAGGAAAGUAUUAAAAAAACAUCUUCACAAGACGACGAUAAAGGGGAUAAAGAAUUAAUAACUAUUACUAGUAGUAGUACUAGCAAUAGUGGCGCCACAGCUGCUAAAAAAAAUGCAACAGUAGAAGAUGAGGAAGAUUCAGAUGAUGAGGAUGAUAUUCCCGAGUUGGCAGAAGAACAAGGAUUAUUACCUGAUGUAUCAUCAUUGAAUCUUGAUACUCAAUCUCGUGGAGAGAAAAAAGCUCGUAAAGCAAUGCAAAAAUUGGGAUUGGUACAUGUUCCUGGUAUUACUAGAGUUACAAUUAAAAGAGCAAAAAAUAUGUUGUUUGUUGUUUCCAAUGCCGACGUUUAUAAAUCAUCAAAUUCUGAUUGUUACAUUGUAUUUGGUGAAGCCAAGGUUGAAGAUCUUAACUCGCAAGCUCAAGCAAACGCAGCACAACAAUUUCAAAAUGCGGCCGAGACUACAACUUCUGCUAUUGCAUCCAAGGAAACUGCUAAAGUCGAAGAAACAAACGAAGAAGAUUCAAUACCUAUUGAUGAAACUAAUGUGGAAGCUAAAGAUAUUGAAUUAGUUAUGCAACAUACUAAUUGUUCACGUGCUAAAGCUGUUAAAGCUCUAAAAAACAAUAACAGUGAUAUUGUUAAUGCUAUCAUGGAAUUACAAUAA